GGGAAGGGGGCGGAAAGUUACACAGUAAGGGCACACAGGUCCUCAGGGCUUCAGGAGCCAAAGCUAUGGGAGUCCUCAAAGGUCAGUGUGAGCAAGGACAAGGGCCAGGGCAAGAGCCAGAGGCAGCCACAGAGUGAGACAAGUUGUGCAGAUUACAACCUUCUCCUCAGCAAUAACUUGCUUGUCAUGGCUUGUGAUUUAGGGACAGACCCAGGCCUAGGCCUUCAUAUAUCAUUUCAUUUGAGCCUCACAAUUUCCUGCUCAGAGGGCUCCUCUUCUUAUCCCCAUUCCCACUCCAAAGCCCAGAGAGUUUAAAUGACUUGUCCCAGAUGAUCUAGCCGGUAAGUUGCAAAGUUCAUACUUGAACUGUUUAGUUCUGAUGGCUGCCCUGUGCAUCACAGUUGCAUCCUUGUGAGACACACAUGAGAGACCGGGGCUGGUUCAAGAAUGAGAAGUAAACAAGUGUAGGAAAAAGACAGAAGCGGAAGGAGGAAUGAUGCGGAAGGAGGAAUGAGGGGAAUGAGGAACGGAGGAGAGACAGUGAGCAUGACCUAUCCAGGAGGGGCAUCAGUCUGGAGGCAGCAGGCGGGGCUCAAGUUCUCUGCUCACAGGCCCCCUGACCCUCAGCAGGGCUCGCCGUCUUGCUGUGCGGACAGCAUCUUCCCAUCCGGCCUGUCCCUGGGAGCCCCGGCCUCAUCCUCCUCAGUGGCAGGCCACUCAGCUUCACAGGAAAUGCUCUUUCUCUAAUUGGCAUUGAAAUCCACAGCCCUCCCUUUUCCUGUAGGUGGGGUUUCCAUAGGAAAAAGCUGCUUCUCUGUUUCCCUAGCCUAGUUACUGUUUGGAAGUCUGCUCCCCACAUCCUGCUUUACUGGGUCAAGUCCCUCUUAGAGCACUCUUGUCCAUGGUUGCUGAAGUGGACCAACUGCUACUGCUGUGGGCUCUCCCUUGGCAAUUUUACUUCAUCUGUGCUUGGACCUCGCAGACUGCUUCCAAUGAAAAUGACCUUGCCUGAAAAUCCUGCUUGUUCCAUCGUCUUCUAAUUAUGGGACAAGGCUGUGCCAGCACAUCUUGGGGCAGGAGAACGGGGCUCAUCGAGCCACCCAGAAAACACUGGAGGACCUGUCCAGCCUUUGAAGAGCUCUAGCGGCCUCUGACCCUAGCCCACUCUGGGGGUAAGCAUGAUGCCACUUCUGCAACUUCUGCUGGGGCUUUUCGGGCCAGGUGGCUACUUGUUCCUUUCAGGGGAUUGUCAGGAGGUAGCCACUCUCACAGUGAAAUACCAAGUGACAGAGGAGGUGCCGCCUGGUACAGUGAUAGGGAAGCUGUCCCAGGAACUGGGCCGGGAGGAGAGGCAUGGGCAGACAGGGGCUGCCUUCCAGGUCUUGCAACUGCCCCAGGCGCUCCCCAUUCAGGUGGAUGCUGAGGAUGGCUUGCUCAGCACUGGGAGGCGGCUAGAUCGAGAGCAGUUGUGCCGGCAGCGAGAUCCCUGCCUGGUUUCCUUUGAUGUGUUUGCCACAGGGGAUCUAACUCUGAUCCACGUGGAGAUCCAAGUGCUGGACAUCAAUGACCACCAGCCACAGUUUCCCAAAGGAGAGCAGGAGCUGGAAAUCUCUGAGAGUGCCUCUCUGCACACACGAAUCCCCCUGGACAGAGCUCUUGACCCAGACACUGGCCCUAACACGCUGUACUCUUAUACUCUGUCUCCCAGUGAGCACUUUGCCCUGGAUGUCAUCAUGGGGCCUGAUGAGACCAAACAUGCCGAACUUGUGGUGGUGAAGGAGCUUGACCGGGAAGUCCACUCGUUUUUUGAUCUGGUUUUAACUGCCUAUGACAGUGGGAACCCUCCCAAGUCAGGCACCAGCUUAGUCAAGGUCAAUGUCCUAGACUCCAAUGACAAUAGCCCUGUUUUUGCCGAGAGUUCACUGGCAUUAGAAAUCCGUGAAGAUGCUGCCCCUGGCACCCUCCUCAUAAACCUGACUGCCACGGACCCUGACCAAGGCCCCAAUGGGGAGGUAGAGUUCUUCCUCGGCAAGCAUGUACCUCUAGAGGUAUUACACACCUUCAGUGUCGAUGCCAAGACAGGCCAGGUCAUUCUGCGCCGACCCCUGGACUAUGAGAAGAAUCCUGCCUAUGAGGUGGAUGUCCAGGCAAGGGACCUGGGUCCAAAUCCCAUCCCAGCCCACUGCAAAGUUCUUAUUAAGGUCCUGGAUGUCAAUGACAAUGCUCCCAGCAUCCACAUCACGUGGGCCUCGCAGCCAUCUCUGGUGUCAGAAGCUCUUCCCAAGGACAGUUUCAUUGCUCUUGUCAUGGCAGAUGACUUAGACUCAGGAAACAAUGGCCUGGUCCACUGUUGGCUGAAUCAAGAGCUGGGCCACUUCAGACUGAAAAGGACUAAUGGCAACACAUAUAUGCUGCUAACCAAUGCCACUCUAGACAGGGAGCAGUGGCCCAGAUAUACCCUUACUCUGUUAGCACAGGACCAAGGACCCCAGCCCUUGUCUACCAAAACACAGCUCAGCAUUCAGAUCAGUGAUGCCAACGACAACGCACCUGUAUUUGAGAAGAGCCGGUACGAGGUCUCCACUCGGGAGAACAACCUGCCCUCCCUUCACCUCAUCACCAUCAAGGCUCAUGACGCAGACUUGGGCAGUAAUGGGAAAAUCUCAUACCGCAUCCAGGACUCCCCAGUUUCUCACUUAGUUGCUAUUGACUCAGACACUGGAGAGGUCACUGCUCAGAGGUCACUGGACUAUGAAGAGAUGGCUGGCUUUGAAUUCCAGGUGAUAGCAGAGGACAGAGGCCAACCCAAGCUUGCAUCCAGCAUCUCUGUGUGGGUCAGCCUCUUGGAUGCCAACGAUAAUGCCCCGGAAGUGAUUCAGCCUGUGCUCAGCAAUGGAAAAGCCAGCCUCUCGGUGCUUGUAAAUGCCUCCACAGGCCACCUUCUGGUGCCCAUCGAGACUCCCAGAGGUUUGGGUCCAGCAGGUGCUGGCUUACCACCUCUGGCCACUCCCAGCUCCCAGCCAUUUCUUUUGGCAACCAUUGUGGCAAGAGAUGCAGACUCCGGGGCGAAUGGAGAGCUCCUCUACAGCAUCCGAAGUGGAAAUGAAGCCCAUCUCUUUGUCCUCAGCCCUAAUCUGGGGCAUCUAUUCAUCAAUGUCACUAAUGCCAGCAGCCUCAUUGGGAGCGAGUGGGAGCUGGAGAUACUGGUAGAAGACCAUGGCAGUCCCCCCUUGCAGACCCGAGCCCUGUUGAAGGUCAUGUUUGUCACCAGUGUGGACCACCUAAGGGACUCUGCCCAUGAGCCGGGGGUCCUGAGCACAUCGGUACUGACUGUGAUUUGCCUGACUGUAUUACUAGCCAUCUUCGGGUCGAUCUUGGCUCUGUUUGUGUCCAUCUGCCGAACAGAGAAGAAGGACAACAGGGCCUACAACUGUCGGGAAGCUGAGUCCACUUAUCGCCACCAGCCCAAGAGGCCCCAGAAACACAUUCAGAAGGCGGACAUCCACCUGGUGCCCGUGCUCAGGGGCCAGGCAGAUGACUCUGGUGAAGUCGAGCAGUCCCACAAGGACACAGGCAAGGAAGCAAUGAUGGAAGCAGGCUGGGACCCCUGCCUACAGGCCCCCUUUCACCUCACACCAACCUUGUACAGGACCCUGCGUAACCAAGGCAACAAGGGGGCACUGGCAGAGAGCCAAGAGGUGCUGCCGGAUACUGUCAGUCUCCUUUUCAACCAUCCCAGGCAGAGGAACGCCUCCCGGGAGAACCUGAACCUUCCUGAGUCCCCGUCUACCCCAGGCCAGCCACGUGCCAGGCCUCUGAAGGUUGCAGGCAGCCCCAUGGGGAGGCUGGCUGGAGACCAGGGCAGCGAGGGGACCCCGCUGAGCCCACCCACCUCCUCUGCAACCCUGAGGCGGCAGCGGAAUCUCAAUGGCAAAGUGUCCCCUGAGAAAGAAUCAGGCCCCCAUCAGAUUCUGCGGAGCCUGGUCCGAUUAUCUGUGGCUGCUUUUGCAGAGAGGAAUCCCGUGGAGGAGCUCACUGUGGAUUCUCCUCCUGUUCAGCAAAUCUCCCAGCUGCUGUCCUUACUGCAUCAGGGCCAAUUCCAGCCCAAACCAAACCACCGGGGAAAUAAGUACUUGGCCAAGCCCGGCAGCGGCAGGAGUGCAAUCCCAGACACAGAUGGCUCAGGUGCCAGGGCUGGUGGCCAGGCAGAACCAGACCAGGAGGAAGGGCCCUUAGAUCCUGAAGAGGACCUCUCUGUGAAGCGGCUGCUUGAAGAAGAGCUGUCAAGCCUGCUGGAUCCCCACACAGGCCUGGCCCUGGACCGGCUGAGCGCACCUGACCCAGCCUGGAUGGCGAGGCUGUCUUUGCCCCUCACCACCAAUUACAGAGACAACGUGUUCUCCCCUGACGCUGCAGCCCUGGAGGAGCCAAGGACCUUCCAGACGUUCGGCAAGGAGGCAGGGCCUGAGCUGAGCCCCACGGGCACACGGCUGGCCAGCACCUUCCUCUCAGAGAUGAGCUCGCUGCUGGAGAUGCUGCUGGAGCAACGCUCCAGUGUGCCAGUGGAGGCUGCCUCUGAGGCCCUGCGGCGGCUCUCCGUCUGUGGAAGGACCCUCAGUCUAGACCUGGCCACCAGCGCGGCCUUGGGCACAGAAACACAGGGGGCCCAGGUGGAAAGAAAAGGGCUGAGGGCAGGACCAGUGGCGGCAAGUGCCCGGGAACACACCUUGGAGGCCUCCAUAUCUAAGAACCAGGUCCCCUAG